AUGACUUACAUGAUGAAAGCGAAGUUACAAUAACUGCGGUGAAGUUCCCCCGAGUCUUUGUAAACGUUCAGAACCAACGAUGACGUAAAUCCAGCUUUAUGAAAACACCAUUAGAUGGACGGAAGAUGGAAACACCAAGCCUAAGGUCUACAGAUGGAUGUCAAGUCUCUCAUCCCAAUUGGUUGUCAAGGUGCCCAAAGGUGAUGAGAGGGCAGUGACGGACUGGUGGAUCCAUCCCAUCCCCAGCUGAUUGUCUUGAGGAGAUCCAGAGGCUGUUAGCUCUGCUGUGAUUGGUUACCCGGGUGUGAAUAUCACAGCUUCCUGUUCUGCCUUGAACUGCCAACCAUGGACAUGGAGGAUUGUACCGAAAGUGACCUUUAUAAUGCUAUGAACUCAAAUGACCUUGAGACACUUCGUGACCUUUUGGCAGGGGGAGGGAAUGUGGAUGAGUUUUAUUACAACUUCACAACCAAUGAUGGCGUUUCAUUGCUGCAUCUCGCAUGCGAGAAAGGCAGGUUUGACUGUGUCAGGCUCAUUGUUGAGUGUAAUGUCACAAUGAAUGUGGCAGAUCGAUGUGGUCGGACACCAUUAAUGUAUGCCCUGGCUGCACAGAAGACUGAUGUUGCUGAGAUCUUGCUUAAGAAGGACCAGGACCUUGUAAACGACGAAGAUGUCGAUGGAUACACUGCCCUUGACCUUGCAGCCAUUGAUGGCAACACUGAAGGGAUACGACUACUCACCCAAUAUGGUGCAAACGUAAAUCACCGCACAUUUGACGGAGUUACGCCAAUGAUGCGGUGUAUCAAAGAAGGAAUGAUGAAAAAUCCCUCGCCUGUUUUGUGGGCACUCAUUGAAGGCGGUGCAGAUGUUAAUAUCAAGGAUAAGAAAUGUCGGAGGUCAGCAUUGCAGAUGGCCACACUAAAGAAGAGUGUCUCCGCUGUUGAGGUUCUUCUGGCAGCCGGCGCCGACAUGUAUUCCUUGGACUGUGGCGCCAAAACACCUCUCACCAACAUGAUGUUACAACAUGUACGCAUGAGAAAUGGCGCCAUGUUCGUUCACGAGGAUGUGUGGAUGAUUCUGCUGCUGAUGGUGCAUGCUGGGAUAGAUUAUAACCACAGCGUAUGUGAGGAUGCGGACCCCAUGCUGACAGCGGCCCUCCUGAAGGCGGAAUGUCUGACCCGAUUCUUUUUGUCCAAUGGUGCUGAUCCAGAUAUACAAACUGUCCUAGGUGUUUCACCUCUGCUAAAGGCAACAAGCAAAAAUGACUUUCCGACCGUGAAGACCCUGAUUGAGUGGAACUGCAAGCUUGGUCUACGAGGACAGUUCUACUGGAGGCGAGAUGAUUUUGAGUACACAGUCGAUCCCUAUGAACUUGCGAUAAUGGUGGGCAACCUUGACAUUGCUCGGUUCUUGGUUGAAGCUGGAUAUCAGAACUAUCAGAAGCCCUAUCUUUUUGACAAGGCUCCACUACCGCAGUCAUUGCAGAACAAUCCAGACAUGUUGGAAUGGCUGAAAAACAAAUGUUCUUAUCCCGAAGAUCUGACCACUCUGGCUGUGUAUGCUGUGAGACGUUGCAUGGGGCGGGACAUUGUGUCAGGGGUGAGGGACUUACCUCUGCCCCCCAAAUUGAUGAGAAUGGUCGUCCUGAAGGAUUUUCUUGAGCUGGAUGUAGAAUAUUGAUGUGAUUUUUGUGUAUUUGGAGGAAAAGAUGAAGAGAAAACUGUCAUCACCUCUGCCACCCAAAUUGAGGAGAAUGGUGGUCCUGAAGGAUCUUCUUGAGCUGGAUGUAGAAUAUUGAUGUCUUUUGUGUAUUUGGAGGAAAAGAUGAAGAGAAAACUGUCAUCAACUCUGCCACCCAAAUUGAGGAGAAUGGUCGUCCUGAAGGAUUUUCUUGAGCUGGAUGUAGAAUAUUGAUGUGAUUUUUGUGUAUUUGGAGGAAAAGAUGAAGAGAAAACUGUCAUCACCUCUGCCACCCAAAUUGAGGAGAAUGGUGGUCCUGAAGGAUCUUCUUGAGCUGGAUGUAGAAUAUUGAUGUCUUUUGUGUAUUUGGAGGAAAAGAUGAAGAGAAAACUGUCAUCACCUCUGCCACCCAAAUUGAGGAGAAUGGUGGUCCUGAAGGAUCUUCUUGAGCUGGAUGUAGAAUAUUGAUGUCUUUUGUGUAUUUGGAGGAAAAGAUGAAGAGAAAACUGUCAUCAAAUCUGCCACCCAAAUUGAGGAGAAUGGUGGUCCUGAAGGAUCUUCUUGAGCUGGAUGUAGAAUAUUGAUGUCUUUUGUGUAUUUGGAGGAAAAGAUGAAGAGAAAACUGUCAUCACCUCUGCCACCCAAAUUGAGGAGAAUGGUGGUCCUGAAGGAUCUUCUUGAGCUGGAUGUAGAAUAUUGAUGUCUUUUGUGUAUUUGGAGGAAAAGACGAAGAAAAACUGUCAUCACCUCUGCCACCCAAAUUGAGGAGAAUGGUGGUCCUGAAGGAUCUUCUUGAGCUGGAUGUAGAAUAUUGAUGUCUUUUGUGUAUUUGGAGGAAAAGAUGAAGAGAAAACUGUCAUCACCUCUGCCACCCAAAUUGAGGAGAAUGGUGGUCCUGAAGGAUCUUCUUGAGCUGGAUGUAGAAUAUUGAUGUCUUUUGUGUAUUUGGAGGAAAAGACGAAGAAAAACUGUCAUCACCUCUGCCACCCAAAUUGAGGAGAAUGGUGGUCCUGAAGGAUCUUCUUGAGCUGGAUGUAGAAUAUUGAUGUCCUUUGUGUAUUUGGAGGAAAAGACGAAGAAAAACUGUCAUCACCUCUGCCACCCAAAUUGAGGAGAAUGGUGGUCCUGAAGGAUCUUCUUGAGCUGGAUGUAGAAUAUUGAUGUCCUUUGUGUAUUUGGAGGAAAAGACGAAGAAAAACUGUCAUCACCUCUGCCACCCAAAUUGAGGAGAAUGGUGGUCCUGAAGGAUCUUCUUGAGCUGGAUGUAGAAUAUUGAUGUGAUUUUUGUGUAUUUGGAGGAAAAGACGAAGAGAAAACUGUCAUCACCUCUGCCACCCAAAUUGAGGAGAAUAGUGGUCCUGAAGGAUCUUCUUGAGCUGGAUGUGAUAUUGGUGUGAUUUUUGUGUAUGUGGAGGAAAAGACGAAAGAAAAACUGUCAUCACCUCUGCCAACCAAAUUGAGGAGAAUGGUGGUCCUGAAGGAUCUUCUUGAGCUGGAUGUGAUAUUAGUGUGAUUUUUGUGUAAUUGGAGGAAAAGAUGAAGAGAAAACUGUCAUCACCUCUGCCACCCAAAUUGAGGAGAAUGGGGGUCCUGAAGGAUUUUCUUGAGCUGGAUGUAGAAUUUUGAUUUUUGUGUAUUUGGAGGAGAAGACGAGGGGAAAAUACUGACCUUACCUCUGCCCUAGAAUAUAUUGGACUGGAUGUAAAAUAUUCAUGUGAUUUCUCUGGCUCUCUGAAGAAUGACAGGUGCUUACCACAGCAACCAGUACUUGAUGUAGAAUAUUUAUGUGUUUUUAUUGUUACUCAGAGGAAAAGACACAGAAAAAUAUGCCUUUCUGUUCCUCCGAGGAAGAGAGUCACCCCCUUGCUAAUACAACCUGAACAGUGAUGAUUGUGGAAUCUGGAUGUGUUCUCAGAAGGAAGGUCAAGGUCAGAUUCUGAUGUCACCAAAAAUGCUGAGGAUGAUGGGAGUACAAAUUACAAUACUUUUUCAGGUGUUUCCUGAACUGGAAGCUCAUUAAACGGAAAUAUCCCUGGACCAGUUUCGAAAAGAACAUUGACUGGUUGUCUGACAUCAUGAGGUCGCUACAAAAGGGAGAUAAAAACGAGGAUUUUUCACCGGACGAACUUAACAAGGCUGUACUGAAAGUGUCCAUGAAACAUUCGCCAUGUCUGAUGGUGUUCGUGAAUAAUGAUGCAAUUGUCAACCUCUCUUCUUGUCCAACAUUCAGAAAGUCAGUGCUUUAUCUGCUGGCAGUGUACCAUAUUGCUUGGAUAUCAAAUCCAAGACAGUAUUCUCAAAUUCUUGGCAUCUUACAGCAUUUGGUUUUGGUCGGAGUGAAGUAACAUGUUCAAUGAACAGUAUGUGCGGUUUCCUGACAUUUGGACUAAUGACAUUUGUGACCCGUGGAACAGAAGUUGUAAGCCCAUUGCAUUCAGUAUCAUAAGACAUCCGACUUUGAUUUACUGACAGCUUUAGUGUUCUAUUGCUUGUUCAUUGUUGUGUGUUUUAAUAUUUCUGCUAUACAGGGUGUUAAGUAUAACUAUGCAAUACACAAUUCCUAUUGUCACAAUAAUGAUGCUUUUCCGACAGUUAACUUUCCUUGUGGAUAGAGGAGCCUGUGUCAUCCGGGUAUAUCAUCAUCAUGUUUGUAAUAGUCUUCAUGACAUAAGAUGAUAUAGUUAUGCUAUCGAAAAUAAAUCGUUUUUCUUA